AUGGCUGCGCCCAUAGCUAGCACGAUACGAAAAUACGCAGAAGCUAUCACCAAGAAUAAAUUUCUCCGACAUGGACUUCCUAUGUUGUUGCUGAUUGUCGGUGGUUCAUUUGGAUUGAAGGAAUUUUCAUCUCUUCGAUAUGAAACCAGAUAUAUAAAAAAGAUUGACCCAGAGUUAGAGGCGACUAUGAAAAAAGGAAAGAAGAAAAUUACACUUGAUGAAGAAUUAGAGAAAAUACAAGAGAAGGACCUUGAUAAGUGGGUAAAUAUUAGAGGACCCAGGCCAUGGGAGGAUUCCAAACAAGUACAGGACGAACAACGGAAACGUCUUUCAAAACAAACGUAAUAGCUGACAACCAUUAAAAACAAAUGAAAAUUCAUUGCUGACAUUGAGGGUGGUAUUUUGCCACCAAAGAGACUGUUCCUGUUGAUUUUUGAGAUAUUGUUACUGUACAUGCCUUUCAUGCUUUGACCAUGGUUACAAGAAGAACAGUUAGGAAACUCUAUUAUUAGGUACAUGUAUGCUAAUUACCAUUGACUUCACUCUGAUGCAUGUUCAACCACUAUGAUGUCAUCGCUUAUAUUGCAAGCGCCGUUCGUUUUCUAUGCUAGUCCACUAUAUUGAAGAUAUAUAGCUCAUUAAGCAGAAAGGUCAACGUAUAAGCAUCACUGACUUCCGUGCGAAUGUUGUGUGAUACUCGGGGUUUCGUUGUUCUCGAAAAAAAUGAAAAUACCGAUCGUUUGUCACGGUUUCUUCUAGUAACCAUGCUUAGACUGUAGGAAAUGUAUUAACAGUACGGAUGCUUUUUAAAUUAAAUGACAUCUGUUAUACAUUUUACUUUUGAUACGUCAAGUUAUGAGCAUUUUUUAUUCAUUUUAAAUGGCACAAAGAAUAUUUUACAAAAAUGUAAAGGCUGACCUAGAUAAAUCCUUGUCGAAUAAUAUUGGUAUUAAAGUCUUCUUUUUCUUUCGAAGGAAAGGAUUUGUAAUGUUGCUAAUUUGUUUGUCUAUUAAAGGACAAUCUAGCAUAGUUAUGUAAUUUACGAUUACUUUUACGACUAUUAUUCCAUUGGGGUGUAAAUUACAGUAUAUGGAUUAAAAGCAUUGUUGGCACACUCACACACACACACUGUCGGUGACUGAACUAUAAGCUGUGCAUCCUGUACACAAACUGGAGGUCAAAGUUUAUUGAUUAUAAACAGAAAAAUUCUUCAUGAUUUAUGGCAUACUGCGAGUUGCUACUAAGACAGUCAGCAAAUUACACUUUUGAAAUUAUAGACUCAGAUUCACACGAUAGAUUUAAGUUAUUGAUUUUUCUUUUUCAUAAAUAUGUGAUACCGUACGAUAAAUUAAUUUAUUAUUUUAAUUACCGGUAUAUUGCAUUUUAAUGACAGUAAAUUAAAAUCUUGAAUUUGAUUCCUCUCGCACAAACAACCCAAUCAACAGACACUCGUCUGCCUGGCCUGAGUAUAGUUUACUUUAACCUUUUCACGAGCAGAUUGUUUGCACUUUUUUCUUAUAUUCAUUAAUAUUUCUUGAA